CAUUUGUUGAAAGUCUGAUCGUCGUGAUCUGGGAAAAGAGGUUACCGAACAAACAGCUGCAAAGUUGCCCGACUAUUCUCUUGCCGUGAUGGACGACGAGCGCCAACAAGAGGACUGGGCGAACAGCCGCAAGAACCGACUGCCUUCGUUUACCGAGGUUCUGUCGCGCCGAACGCGUCCACCCGUCGAUCUCUUCAUGUUCUAUCUUUUCCUCCAACGCGAGGGCGCCGAAGAUAUUCUCGACUUCUGGUUGGAUGUCCAGCAACACGAAAAUCUCUGUCGCGCAUACUUCAAGGAUGUGCGGAAGUCGGGGCGCACGAUCAAGGAGGACUGGCCUCAGUACUGGGAUUACGCGCGACGGCGGGGUUCUAUCUACGGCACGGUCGUGGGAAUGAAUGGGGACGGGGCUGCCACCAAGCGGAGUACGGCGAGCACGAACGAACUCCUGAGUGAGGCGGACAGGCGAUACUUGGCCGAUACAGACGAGAAGUACGGUGCAUCAACAUCCCCGCGGCCAAUCGGUUCGGAGCACACCCGCGUUGCUUCAACAUCUCCAGAUCCGUACGGUAGCCGUGCCCGCUCCGUCUCGCCGUUUGGAGUCAAUGGCCAAGGCCGCACACCGACCCUAUUCACGAUGAAACGCGCAUCGCGAGCGCCGACCGUCAUCCCUCGCUCAGCCGCGAUCACCCGGCUCAAUCUGAUCGCGAGCGCAGAGCGAAUCUACUACCGAUAUCUUUCUCCAGCCGCUAACACCGUCAACGCCAGCGAGAACCACGAGAUCUACCUCCCUCCGUCCCUCCGCGUCCACUCCUUCCCUCUCUCCUCUUCCCAAGAGCCCCGGAAUGCUGCAGAGCUCAGCUUAAUGGCACAAAUCCCGGAUCUCUUCCAUGCACAGAAGGAGUAUUGCUUCAGGGCAAUGGAGCAAGAUGCAUUUCCACGCUUUUUGCGGGCCAAGGCUUUUGGAAAUCUCACACCCAUCUCCUCGCUUGUGCGGCUGGUCGUUGGAUUAUUGACUUUGUGGGUCGGUCUUGCCGCCGCCUUCUCUCUCCUAUUCCUUGACGUGCAGCCCAAGUCUAAGCGAUUCUUCCUCUUCAUCCCAUUCACGAUUGCUGUCUUGUGCUUGGUCUCUCACCAAUACGAGCUGGACCCGAUCCUCGUUUUCUUCGGGCAGUCUGAAACCACUCCUUUCCGCACUUUGCGGAUUCGCGAACCCUACGUGAAGAAGCUGCUGCUGGGUCGAGCCAUCUGGGUGUCCAUUCUAGUAGCUGCUUUCGUUGCCGCCUUGACCCUCCUGUUCUGGGCUGUUCCAGGUCACAGGCUGUAGGCAACUUGUUGUUCCACGAAAUUGAUGAAUUAUUCCAAUAAGAUACCCUGCACGUACUCCGUCUUCGUCGUUCCUUUUGUUGUUCAUAUCAUCUCCUCGCCUUGCCUAGCAGCCGUUUAAUAUCUCCUUGCUUAUCCAGUACUUCAAGUGUGGAUGAUGGUUAACAUAAUACGUGUGUAGAAACCAUACGUUGUACUACGGACGGCUAUCUUCCUGAGAAUCGGAUGAACGGAAUCAUGAAGACGAAUGCGAGCAAAACGACGAUGAUGGACACCAUCGUCAACCAGAACGUCGACCCGGUCUUGCCUCUGAGAUCACGCGUCAUUAUACGCGUUUUCUGCAUGUAACCGAAGUUGCCCUCCAGUUUGGAGUCGACCUCCUCCAUCGCCAACUUGUCCUUCUCCAAUAAGUCCGAAAAAUGAACUGCGUUGCGCUUGAGCUGUUCGGCCAUCAUCGCCAUUUGUUCGCCCAUAGCGCGCUGUCUGGCGGUCGUCCCGGCUUCCAAUGCGGUGCUUGAUGCGGUCGACUUGGUGGGCUUCUGAGACGACAGUGUUGACGGUGUGUAUGCUGGAGGGGGAACGUCCCGCGCCGAGUCCAGUAGAUUGUCCAGGACGGUGGCGGUAGACAGCGAAGCAGAAGCUGAAUCGAGUGUUGGAGAUCCCUCGGAAGGGCCAGGGGGCGGUUCUGUCGGCAAAGGAUCUGCGGGAAGAGGGAGCUUGGGAAGCAGUUUCACAGGUCUUGUAGAUUUGGGUGUCGUUGUCUGCGCGGUGCUCGAUCCAAAUUAUCCUCACGCAUGAUUCGUGAGACGCGUUACCUGCUCGUAGGUCUUCAUCAAUGCAUCCAGACGGUCCAGCCGGGUCCUCCACUCCUCGUAACGCAGGGCGGAGGUGCUUUACGAGAUUAUCAGUCGCGGAGCCGUCGAGCGCGACUGUACACACGGGGUCGGAUCGAAGUCCUCCAGCUCGACAUCUGCAAGCAGCUUCUUGGCGUGCUUCACCUUCUGUGGACAUCCUUCAGGGACACAGGUGCAAAAGACGGGGGCCACAGAAGCGGUACCUGGAGGGACCCCUGCACUUCUAUCCACGCGUUGAACGAGUUGUCGCUCCAGUGAGCUUCGGAUGCAGACUUCUCCAGCCGGCGGAGGAGCCUCUUGAGGUUGAUCUCGUUGUGUAGGGACAUGCUUCGUGCAAGACUUGUACGGCUGGUGGCGUGUCAGUCAAGGAUCACGCGAUCACCGGGAAGGGUGAGCUGACGUCAGCAACCACAACAAUUUUGCGUUGUGCUGUCGUCAAAGGUGGUCGACGAGCGCAGACUUACUUAGAGGGACACUUAUUUUGAGCGGUCCUGGGUGCUGAUGCAGACGGAGUGAGUUCUGUGGAUGCAAGUAUCUCGCAUUCGUUGCGCCAUCGGUCUAUUCAGGCAUAGCAGCCGCUGGGCUCCAUCCAAUCUAAAACGCGUCCCGCUUCCUCCAAAACCUGCACCCCCCAUUCCGGGGUUGUUCGAUUCGGUCGCGUCCCUUUCUCAGAAGAACUUUGACGAAUAUGUGGACCCGCUCUACCAGUACCUGUGGAACGUAUAUACCGAAAUGCCGAGUAUUGUCUUGGCGGGGGAUACCUUGGAGAGACGGACACGCACAGUCCCCGUCCUCGGCAAGAAGUUUAGAUUCUUCAACCGCACGGGGGCCAUAGAAUUCAUGAGUGAUGUGGCGAAAAUUGCCGUCGAAGAGAAGCACGAGCCCAGAAUCACGGUUUUCCUGGGAGCGCAGAGCCAGCACGUCCUGGUCCGCUCAUAUACGCAGCGAACGUUGUCUCUGAGCGAAGACUCUACCUGUAUCAAGCCGGACGAUGUAGCUCCGGGGCUGUCUGGCUACGACCUGCGACUGGCGCUCGGGACGGAAUUGCUAUUCCACUCGAGUAUCGAGGCUGGGGACGCGUUCCCUCUUCCGGCCAUAUCGUCUGCACAUCAUCCCCCCACUGCUCAGGCCAUCCAGUCGACCUUGAAGCGCAGCCGGAGCCGUUCUGCUGAGGAUCGGCUAGACGAUGCCUGGGAACCCUGCGCAACUCAAUUAGGGACCUUGCCUCGCUUCUCUUUGGGCCGCGUUGACAAUGGCCCGUGCACGGACGAAGAUAUGGCCAACUACAUGCAGCCACUGUAUCUACGAGGCUGGCGGGCCGCGUUCGUCCCCAUCUUGAACCGCAUGCAGCAGUUCCAUCCGACAUUGUGCCUGACGGGGUUUUUCCGCUUCACGACGCUUGCGGCGGCCGUCUCGUUUGUGCAAGCAGCGAACCUGGCUCGAAAAUCAAAGGACCCGGUCGACCUCCAUUUUCUGGUGGAAUGCCGCACCGUGCAGGCGCAGCUGAUCUUUCCGAGCACACAGACUGCGCUGUCGAUGCGUGACAUUGCACGUGCCUGGGCACUCCAACGCAUAUUCGACACGGAGUUCUUCGAAGUUGCGUGUGUCAGCGAUGUACAUCCGUUUAGAGACGGUGGACGACACCAGCCGCGGACGGUGCAGGCGCUGCACGACACCCGGAGGCCGUUGAGAGGAUUUCAUGUCCGGCAGAAUUCCAGGAAUGUGGCGCGAUGAGUAGCUGGCUCUAGUAAACGUCUAGAUUUUUGGUGGUAAUCAUGUCAGUAGGGAAUUGGACGGAAGGUUGUUCUGACUAUUAUGAUUCGUGCGCUCUCAAUGCUGCCGAUGCUUCUAUGUUCUCCGACCCUGUGCAAGGUCGAUUUGAACAAAGCUUCGGGCAGCCUGACCGGGAAAUUACGCGAGAGUGAUUAUCGCCAAGACAGAUCGCGUGCGUCGGGCCGUCGGCUGCCGCGGCUUUUGAAUUCUUAUUUUUGGCGAGAUUAGUCUUCUCCUGGAGGCUGGGAACACUGUGCACUUUCAGGCUUCCUCUCCAGACUCGAUAGACUUAGCUCGACCUGGACAUGAUUUCUCUCGAUUAGCCCCCAAGCUCUGGUCUGCUCUGCUUGUGUGUGCCCUUCAAGUUUGCGCAUUCAGCGUGCAUGGCCGAGUACAAACAUCAGUCCCGUGCAGGAUUUCGCAUUUGCCGACAGUUCCAUGGACAAUAUCUCAUCAAGGCUCGGACCCUUUGGGGUUAGGCUUGUCCUUAUGGUCCAGCGUGGUCCUCCCGACGCUGUCGCCAUAGCGGCGCACUGUGCAAAUCUAUUUCUCCGAAGCCCGGGAAGGAAUUUCAAUAAAUAACUAGCAGGCGCCCAGUUAUCGUAUCGACAACGACCUCCCCUUGUCUUCGUCUUUGCUUUUGUUUCUUCCUUGCCAUGUUCGCCCAGAUCUCCGCUGCUGUUCUCCUCCUCGCCCAUCUGGCUGCGGCUGUUCCCGUUGAGACCUCGCUGGAGUCGCGUGCUGUCGACACCUCGAAGCACUGCGGUCAAUACGACUCUGUCUCGGCCUCCCCGUACACUCUUUACUUGGACCAGUGGGGACUCGGCCCGGGCGUCUCCGGCUCGGACUGCGCACACAUCAGCUCGUUGAGCGGUGGUGCGAUCGCGUGGGCCUCGACCUGGUCGUUCUCUGGCGGCAACGGCAUCAAGAGCUACACGAACGUUGGCCUGAACCAGGGCAUCAACCGCCAGAUCUCGGCCAUCCGCUCGAUUCCGUCGACGUGGAAGUGGCAGCAGGACCACACCAAUGUGGUCGCUGAUGUUGCGUACGAUCUGUUCACCUCCAACAGCGCCGGUGGAUCCAACGUCCACGAAAUUAUGAUCUGGCUCGCCAACUUCAACGCCGGGCCGAUCUCUGCCAAGUACAACGCGCAGGGUCAACCGGUCCCCAUCGCCUCCGGCUUGUCGUUCGCUGGCCACUCGUGGAACCUCUACUACGGCUCCAACGGCUCGAACGACGUCUACUCGUUCCUGCCCACUUCCGGCGUCAUCACCUCCUUCAGCGGUGACCUCUACACCUUCAUUAAUUACCUCACCUCCAAGGGCCACUUUGCCACGUCGCAGUUCCUUACCGUCCUCCAGGCCGGCACCGAAGCCACCUCGGGCUCCGCUACCUUCACUACCACCUCUUACAAGUCUACGAUCAACUAAUUCAUUGAAUAAUUCGUACAUAGUCGUAUGAAUCCCAUUCUAUGAGAGCACCUAUGCUCUACACUGGCUAUCUUCCCUUUCGGCCACUUGUGGCGCGUCAGAUUGAACCUAAUCGUGAGAGGAAAUGACUGAAACAACAAGCUGCGCGGACCGGCUGAUUCCGGUCCAUGACGUCAGGCGCGGACAUGGAAUGACGAUGUCGACGGCGGUCUCGCAGCCACGAUGAUGGAAACGGACAACGGAACCUUUCCAUUCAUCAUCACGUAGUCGCCAUGGGACCAGCGCAGCGGGCGAGGCACGGCCUGCAAGCACGGAAAUUGCGGGUACACAUGGUCAUGCAUCAUGCGUAAGGGGUGCGAUGCGUCGUAGAAAAUCGCACGCGUGGAUCAUCUGCGGAAAACCAGCGGCAAGUAUAACAUGCGAGCGUCGUAACGGCGAGAUGCAUCUCGGCCAGGAGAGAGGAUUCACGCUUGGCGGAGAGUUCCGCAACCGAGAGACGCAUUACCGCACUGCGGCUCGCCCCUUUGACAGGGAGCACUCGAAGCUAAAAGGAUUCUGUCUCGCAACAGUCAAGCAACGUCAGGCAACGACCCUUACUUGUACAAUUGAGACAGACAACUGCAAUGGAAGAACACAACAACCAUGCAGCUCAAGGUUUGAUGCUGUGAUUAGAUAAUUUUGGAUUACUGGAAGCACGUGGAUUGUUUUCAUCGACGUCGAUCACGACUUCAUCACAACCACACUUUUCUGCUGUUACGGCCUGCGCGUGCGGCAUCCCCUCCACACCUACAUGGUAGUUGGGAUCGACACCCCGCCCAUCUCUCAACAUAAUCCCCUACUUGUGUGAUGGCUGGCUUCCUCCGCAAAAAGAAGGUGGACCCGGGUCCGCCUCCAGCCGACAAUCCCCCGCCGCCGCCCCUUCUGAACGCCGCUCCGCCCCCCUUAUUCGCCCGCUUCGCCUCAAGUCUGCAAGCCCAGGAUGCCGCUCCGAAGACGACAGGGCCGCGUGUGUCAGGGCCGAUGUCAUUGGCGUCUGCCUCUCAACGCCACAACAAUCACACGGGCAGUAGUUCGAAGGCGGCCACGGGACAACAGCGUGAUGAGAUGAGGCAGUCACGACGGCCGGGUGAAACAGUCUACACGCAGCCUCAAAUACACUAUUCGCAAACUUCUGCUUCGAACGGCGGCGUACCUCCUCACUCGCGGCAUUCUCCGCCUCCCCGUUCACAGACGCUUCCCCAGCCGCCAUCCGCCUCGCCUGCCCCCGUGGAUCUUCCAAAUCGACGCCUCUCGCAUGUAGCCGACAAGCCGCUGCCCGCGUUGCAAUCGCGCAGCCCCGAUCCACUGGCAGCCCCUCCCCCUUCGUCCGCACUGCCCCCCAACCGACGUAUCUCCGCGCGUGGCUACCCGCAACCGGGCUCGGCGCCCCAGAGAUUCACGACGACAAACGGACGUGUCCAACCGGAGUUCUCCUCGCAAGGCCCGAUGGGCCGGUAUCCCAACGAGACGGGGGCACCGGAUUUCCGAAAUGCACACAAGCUCCCUGACGCAGGGGGUUCUGGUUCUGGUGCUCCGGUUGAAAUCGUUCCUGCUUCUGAGGCCAGGACCGCCCCGGGUCUCGGCGCAAGCGAACCCCGACUUGGAUCGUUCGCGGCUUCAGGGACUUUGCGGACAGCCCCAUAUGAGGAGUAUGACCCCUCAUUAUCAUCUGCUACGCAGCCAACAAACCCGGGAUACGCCAGUCCGUCUCCUGCUGCUGCUGCUCCCGACACACCCAUCAAGAACAACAUGGGCGUCACGCUCAGCUCGAUCGAUGUCCAGACCUAUCACGCUCACGGAUCCGCCAGAAACAAGCGGGUCUCUGCGCCCCCUGUGCGCGGGAAACCGCUCAUCUUUGCGGCGAUGGAACCCGCGACCGAGAAACCGCAGCUCACUCAUGAUCCGCGCAUGGCGUAUCCUUCCCCCCCUUCUGAAGCUGCCAUCCACCGCAUUCCUCCUUUGAAACCAGAGGACAACAACGCCAACCUGGGAUUUGACUUUGACUUGGACUAUAACUUUUCGAGGGCGCUGGAUGAUUGGGGCGACGCACGGCAGCAGGUCCAUGCACCACCACCGCUGAGGAUACCAAACGGAUUCCCAGCGAACGGGCCGCCUCCAGUUAGCCAGACAAAAUCAGGUGACAAGCUUUCGUCGCCGGUAAACGGAUUCUCCUCGCCCAUCUCAGCACCUCCCCCACUCUCGGUUCCCGUCUCAUUCAUCCCGACUCCUGCACCGCCUUCCCCUUCACCCUCCCCUCCUCGGCGCGUUUCUGUUGCCCGAUCUCCGAUGCGUGUCGGACCGCCACAAAUGCCGAAUGGAUUCGGUUCACCUCGCUCGCCACCCCAACAGAACUUGCCAGCACGCAGCCCCUCGCCUCCACCCAGGGCAGUAGAUGUCAGGCCACUUGAUGUCAGGCCAAUCGAGGUUAAACCGAUUGACGUUAAGCCGCCGACUGCGCAUCGCACGCUGGUGAAACCUCGGUCUACCACCCCGCAACGCAAGCCGAGCAUCCCGCAGAUCGUGCCUGAGGUGAACAGGCAGUCUAUGCUGCUGCUGGACGAGGAUCCGUUCGCCAAAAUCGAGGGGGUCAGGGUGAUGGCCCCCAGCGUCUCGUCGCCCGUGUCUUCCUCCGCUGAGGAGUCGCUGGAUGCCGAGGUGUCCGAGAAAGCAAGCGUGUCCGAGAAAGCUGCUGACCUGUCCGAGAGAGCAACUGUCGUGUCCGAGAACGCAACUGCUCCUUCGACCCCAGAGCGGACUGUCGCGUCGUUGCCAUCGGCACCGAGUUCUCCGGAAGAUUAUCGGGCGGCCCGGUCGCAGCGGCGCGGGAAUGUGCUCGAUAAGGCGCCACCCCCUUCGGUCCUCGGCGUCGAAGUGCGCGAAACCAGGAUCCCAGGUCCGUUUCCAUUAGCCUUGUUUGUGGCCGACCCCCAGCUGCUCACGGCACUGCUGCCGUAUCUGUCGUUCUACGAGUGGUGCAUCCUGUCUGCCGUCUCCAAGGAGAUCCGAAUCACAUUCGUCGGGACGAAGGAUCUUCGCGAGGCUGCUCUGGAGCGGUAUCUGAGGACUGUCGGUUAUGCACGGUGGACAUGGGCUGAUCCGGACCCUCUUGAGCUGACCCUUCUGGACUUGCAUGACUACAUGCGCGGUGUUUCGUUGCCCAGUCACGAAUAUUCCAGGGUUGCAGAUGCUUACGUUCAGUCGUUCAACCUUCCUCCAGAUGUCAGGGAUCCUGUUCAUCUCACGAUGGCUCGCAGCCUGACUUCUUCGACGAGGGCCUACACCCGUGUUGUGCUGCGGCUGAGAGCACAGGCUGAGAGGGAGGCGAGCGAUGCUGCUGCGCUCAAGUACUCGAUGCCUCCUCCCAGGAGAAUCGUCAGCAACGGGUACUCAUCCAGUCGAUCCAGUCCUUCGAGAACCUCCAGCCGCGCACCCUCGCCCACUCCCUUCGGGGGCAGUCACCACUCCCACCCCGGACACGCUGCUCCCUUCCGUUCUCCUCUGUUCAAAUUGCGGCGGGCCCCGCUGUUGAGGGUAUUCGUCCCCUCGCCCGAUGGAGAUUGGUUGUCAGACAAGAGCGUUCUGGAAUGCGAAGCGGAACUGAAGCGCGCUGGUGUGCUCAACUUGCUGCGCGUCGGGGAUGUUGUGUGGGAUAUUGCAGUCGGCGAUGAAGGCAACGUAGGAAGACUAAUCUGGGAUGGCAGCUAUCUGAUUGAUCUGGACUACAAAUACUCUGCGGUCGGCGAUCUUCCCCAGUAUCUCCCCACUCUGGCCUUCCCGCCGUCCUACUUUCACCGUGUCAUCCGCACGGGACCGACGUCCACCAAUCCCGUCGCGCACAUGGACAUUUCACCCUGGGGACACGAGAUUGCGGCCAAUCUGCAGUUACUACAGGAUCGCAUCCGCACGGAGACCCCACAAGGAAACGUGCACAACGUCGUUCGAUGGGUGCACCGAUCCUCGUUCGUCAUCCGGCCUCCCGCCAGAAACCGUGCGUCGAUGUCGCCCAGCCGCGGCUCACGCCCAGAGUCACCACGGAUCCCGAUUCCCGAGUCAGCUGGUCUGUUUGUUGAUCCGGGAUGGUACGGGACGAUCGUCGUCGAGACGGAGGGAACGAAUGAAGCGCUCGCGGACCUGCAGGACCGGUGCCCGGGUGCAUUCCCCCCGCGAGCUGGCGGGCAGCCGACGGUCGUUCUGAAGGAAGCCAAGGAUGCGAGGAAAGUUUGGAAGAUCCUAAGAGAAAAGAGUCGCCCAGCGGAAAUCUGGAUCCGUGCGGUUGGCCCGAAAGAGCGUCUUUUCUGAAGUGAACGGAUACAUAUCCGAGACUGUAUUGCAUCUGUUACUUAUCAUCUUCUUUAUAUCAUGCACGGACUGUACUUAUACACAAUGGUGUAAUGACCGUAGAGAGUGUAUCCAACCGCAACGCUUCCAUGGCCGCACAUAGCCCCCUUUUCGUUCGCUACGUUUCGAGCGUGUAUGUGUUCUUCUCGAGCUGCAACCGUCGCGUCGUGUUUGAGCACGAGGCCGACUGGGAGUAUGAGCGGAUCGUUACGCACCUCGACCUCGAGUUCGCGUCUGACGCGGUAUUCCUCAUCCGCCUUGAUGACCAGAUGGUACUCGUCCAGGUCCUCGAUGAUGAAACUUUGUUUUUCGUUCAUUGAGAGGAGGAUCUCCUUGACGGCGGGGUCACUGCAGCGCAGUGCAUAGAGCGCACGGUCAGGCGGGGGCACAGACAGACGAUUGGGCAGGGGCGGACCAUGUUAGGAUGACACCUGUGGGUGGACUCAGAUUUCGGAGUGUGGGAGUAGAAACGCGUCGCUAGUCGUACUUACUCUUUAUUGCUUUCAUCUUCCGGCAGGCAUGAAAGUCGGGACAGAGGAAUGAUGGGACGCACAGCCACGCAUGUCAAUCAGGUCGAGAACUUGAAGAUUCGGAGGUUGCGAGUCCUAGUCAUCUGCCAUUGAAUCAGGCUUGGGACUGUUGAAAUACGAUAAUGGGAUCGCCAGACACCCGUGGUAUCGACCUUGGCCAAUUAUGGUAUCUGCGCCUCAUUCCGUGAUCAGUGGCUGGCUGCUGGUGGAUAGUGCUGGGCUAGCUAUGAAUUAUUUCAUAGCAUAGCAAUUCAUAGCAUAUUUUUAGCAUGCUAAAUAUCAACCUAGCCAGUCGGGAGGCUGAACCACGUGCUAUGAAUUGCUAAUAAUCAAUUUUCGAUCCUAUGAUAACGCAGUGAUAACUUGGUGAUAAGGAGCUGAAUCUACAUCAAUUAGAAGUCUGACAAUCACUGUCAGAAAUGACACUCCGGAACAAGGCGGAGAAUCUUUUUUCUGUAUACUUCUCGUCAUGCCGUUGCCUCCAGAAGCUCUCGGAGCACUGGUGAUAGCUCGCAGAGCUUACAUUGAGAGCGAAGAUUUCAGUAUUCCGGAUUUCAUAAAAGCUAUCGAGCUUCACACGGAAGAGAAGAGUGAAGAACGCACAGCAUGGUUCUCACACGUGGAUGUUCUCACCGAUGCGAUGGAGAACGGGACAGAUCUGCCUCCAGUACGUAACAAUGACAUCUAAUGAGAUGGACGCGUGUUGAACUCGCGUCUUGCAGGUUCCCGGUGUGAUUGACACCCCAAAGCCCAAAAAACGCGCGACAAAGAAGGCACCAGUCCCAACUGCCACAAGCCUAUCGGACGCUUUGUCGGGGACCAACGCGGCCCAGAAGCGCACCCAGAUUCGCGCGCAACGCAUCUUGGAUGACCAAGGUGCUGCACCUGUAGGAGAAACCGGUCCAUCACGAGGGAAGAACGUGAAGAAGUCUAAAGGUGCAGGAGCGCCGCGCGACACAUUGGUCGACGAUUUGGUCAUCGAAGAGAUUGAGCUGCAGCCCCAGGGCGUAGGGAAGGAGCCGAAGAAGAAGAUAUGGAUCUACUGCGUUGCUUGUGACAAUGUAACACCAUUCCGGAACCCAAAGCGUAGCCGGAAACACGCGCUGGAGUGCGAGAUGUUGAAGCAGACAUUUCCGAACCUCUACAAACGAGUCUGCGAAGACAAUGCCAGCAGAGCGACGGGAAGCCUUCCUCGCGUCCGUACAAAGAGCAAGGUAGCUGCGGUCUCGCCGGUUGCCGCUCCUGGAUUGAGUGAAGACACGCCAAUGGAGGUCGAUUCCGGGUCGGAAGCUACAAGCGAUGACGAGGAUGUCAACGAAGAUGCGGCUCCAUCUAACAAGGGCACGAUAAAGGAGUAUUUCGAGCCUGUGAAGAUGACCGAAGUACGUCAGGCGGCAAUCGACCUUGCUCUCUUCCAAGCCGUCAUCUGUUGUGCGCUCCCCUUCUCCUUCGUUGAGAAUCCGUGGCUCGUCAACCUCCUCCUUGUUAUGGUCCCCAACUACGUCACUCCUGAGCGCAGCGCGUUCUUCACUCGACAGAUUGCAGAUCAAGUCGCACUGUUCGUUGUGCAGCUCAAGGCAUUCCUGUUGCACCGGUACUUUCUCACUUUAUCGCUGGACGGAUGGAGCAGUCGAGGGAAGGAUGAAAUCUAUACGUUCCACACAACACUCCCCAGUCGGCGUUCCAUCUUCACCCUUGGCCACGUCUUCAAAGGGGUUUCUGUGACUGCCGAAGCCCUGUUUACUGUCGUGAAGGUGCAGAUCUUUGGCGUCUAUGGUGUGCACGCCUAUAGUGCCGUUGUUGGUGAUGGUGGAAGUAAUGUCCGUGCAUUGAAGAGAGAUAUUGCGCACGAGUUCGCUUGGAUCCUGAACAUCUAUGACCCCUGUCAUCUCCUCAAUCUCUUCCUGAAGGACAUUGGCAAGCUCUUCAAAGUGGAAUUGAGCAUUGUAUCAGGCAUCUCGAACUACUUUUCCCACUCAAACGCAGCCACAUAUGCAUUGUCCGUUGAGCGCAAGGCUCGUGGUAUCAAGGGUGGGAUGAAGUCAGCGUCUGACACUCGAUUUGGCACGUCCUUCAUCCAAUCUGUUGCUCUCCGUCUCUGUUUCCCGGCUAUUGUUGCAUGCAUUCAGGCCGGUACUAUCGCAUUCACUACCAAAGCGACCAAACGCUUCAUUCCUUAUUUCGAUCCUGACCAUCUCGAAUACCCAGGGUUUCAAUCGAGACUCUCUGCACUUAUCCAGCUCCUCGAGGCUGGUGCCAAUGGAAUCACGACAUUGGAAGGCCAGAAUGUGACCUGCGCCGAUGUGUUCUAUGUCUGGGUCACCAUUGCCUGGCAUCUCGAACGGCUCGUCGGCAGCACAACGAAGGGCUUUUCAAAAUAUCGCUCACAGAUUAUCACCAUUUAUAAUGCUCGCUUUGAGCAGAUGAUGACCGAAUCAUCACACAACCUCUUCCUUCUUGCAUACUACCUUCAUCCCCUCUAUUUCACGCACGGCGGCUUGAAGCUUUUCCUUCCGGAUCUCCGUGAAGGGGAAAAAUACUCGAGUGACAAGUGGACGGAUCUAUUCCGCACCCUCCGUCUCUCUGCUCGAGCGAUUCUGCAUGGAGAGCAGCUUCGCUGCAACAUGGAAUCAAAAUCUGAAGCGAGCCGACUAACUCAACAGCUCGUUCGAUGGUUGUGUGGUCAUGCUCCCUUCCAUAAACGGGCCUAUAUCACUCGUGAUGACAAGCCAUUAGACUACUGGAAGGCCGUGAAGAAGGACUCAAAUGCAGAUGUUCUUGCGACUGUCGCAAUCAUCCUCUUCUCGAUCUCACCUUCUGAGAUAUGCGACGAACGGACAGCAUCCCUUCUGGGAUGGAUGAACGCUGCUCGUCGGAGCUCUAUGACCGCCGAGAACCUUGUUCAUUCUGCUCAACUUUCACAGUGGUACAAGCACGGUCUGUCCGAGGGCAACUACCAGCACACAUCGACUGCAAACAUUCGUGUUUCCAAUGUCGACUUGUCCACUGAGACCACCGUCACACUCUCUGCACCCACCCUCAUGGAUUUGUUGAACGACCAGAAUGUAGAUCCGACUGUAGAAGACCAGGAAGCGCUCGAGAAGAUGCUCUUUGAGCAGGAAGACCCGUUUGAUCUUGACGAAUGCGACCGUGUUGAUAGCACUGUCAAUUCUGAGCCCGCUCAUGUGGCCCCCACCCAGACUCCUUUCAUCACUCGAAUGUCGACUCGCUGGGCUGUCACCGACUUUGUUCGUCUUGACAGUCCUGCUCUCGGCAAGCUCAUUAUUCCGAGCGCAUCCCCGGAGGUUGCUUCCGUACGCCCCAAGAGUCCGGAGGUCAGCGAGCAUACCGCUGUGAAUCAGCCCUGGGAUCCAAAUGCUGAAGACGACGACUAGAUACACACUUACUAGACCCAAAGAACGCAUACUAGAGCCCAUUAGAGCCGUAGAAAUCGAUAUUUUGACGCCGCUAAAAAUCAAUGCUAUAAUCAAUUCAUAGCAAUGCUAUAAAGCCUAGCAACGGGGUCGGGUGAUCAUAGCGGCUAAAAAUCUAUCCUAGCAAGUCGAAAAAAAUUCUUAGCCCAGCACUACUGGUGGAGCAUCAUCCAACGACGUAGGAGGUUUCCAGCUCGUAUAAAAGCGCCAAACCCGUCAGCGAGAGAUCCUCAUAAUGAUAUACCCCCAAACGCUCUACUAAUCUUCCUACACGACCCAAUUCUACGACAUGUUUACGAGAAAUUCAAGCGUCCAAUUGCCCCCGCCGGCAAUGGCGCGACACGACUCGGGAUUCACUCCCACACUUCCGACUUCGCGGCGGCGGCAGACCCUCCAGCGGGGCGAUAGCCAAAACACGCGCUACAUGAACAUGCUUCUGGCGCUGGACGGCAUCCCACGGCUGCACAACAUGCUUGCCUCGUUCUUCACGUGGAUUCUGCUCGCUGGAUUCGUCCUGCUGCCCGGAACGUUCACCAGCCUGCAGAAGGCGAACACGAGCACGUCGAGUGAGGCCGAGAGGCGGUUUAUCGGGGCCAUUCAGCACACGCCGCUGUGAGUAUCGGCCGUGCGCUUUGGAUGCGCCAUCAACUCAUCCGCAUGUCCAGCUUCGUCAUAGCAUUUCUGUGUGCUGGGAUAGGCGCUGCGGGAAUGGUCUGGCUGUGGUGGAGAUGGAACAAGAACUUCAUCUGGCUCAAUAACCGCAUCUUCCUACCGGGCACUCUCAACUCCCUUGCGGGCAUUGUCUCGACGCUUGUCAACGUCUACGGUGUGCAGCAC